AUGGAAUAUUAUGAACUAUGCAAAUUAGAUGAAACUAUACUUUCGAAAAAACAGAAUCCAUUCGCUCCUAAACAACCAUUUAGACUAGGAGUUGCGGGCACCUCUGAGAAGCAAAUAUAUCCGUGGAUGUCUGGUGAAAAACGUGGUCAUAAAAUACCAAAAGGCGGGAGCAAAAAUUUUGGUGAAAGGUACAUUCCGUGUGAUGAUCUAAUUGUUGUUGCGCAACACCAAGAUGAAGAGUUAUGGGAAGCAGUACAAUGUUUUUAUGAAUUUAUAGCCAAGGAUAAGCAAGCUCCAUGGUAUGAAAAUGUGAGAUUCAAACUGAUAACGCCUGAAGAACUACCUGAUAUUUCGUCUUUCAAAAGAACUGGCCGAUCUACUCUUAUAGUCUUUGAUGAUCUUGCCGGUGAACCUCUGGCAACUCAACUAAAAAUCGUUCCUUUCUUUAGGUCAGGCAGGCAUGAAGGAAUUAGCUCAAUUUAUAUCGCCCAGCGUUUUUAUGAAAUCCAUCAGAAUAUACGUGGAAAUUUUACAUAUAUUUCAUUGCAUCGUGGAUGUGGAACACUAGAUAGCAUAAAACGAAUUCUUAAAGAUAUGUAUGAUGAUUAUGAGCCUCUAGCAAAAAAAGUUUAUGAUGUGAUAAAAAAACAUUUCGUGGUUAUUGAUAUCCGAAGACCAUCUGAUGACCCCUUAUCAAUUAGAUUUAGAUGGGACAAACCUUUAAAGGAUUGGCAAAAUAGUUGA